AUGUCUAAGUAUUUUACUUCUCAUAUUCUAUCUGCAAAAUGUUUAGAAAUGGCACAAUAUCUUUAUUUUGUCGCAAGUCACAUGGAAUUAGAUGUUGUCAAAAUCAUUAAUGAGGAUCCCAAUUUUAAUUUGGCAGAUAGGUUUAUUAAGGACUUUUAUGAUUCUAAAAAGAUCUUGUUAAAAUUAAUGAUUACCAAGGUUGGUGAGAACAACAUUCAAGAAGUGUGGAAGAUUACAGACAUACG